AUGCCAUCGACUUCCAAGAAUGUUAUGAAGAGAAAUCGCCUUGGAGUUCUCAUGGUAGCUGCCAGUUUGGCCAGUCUUCCGACAGCCAUGGGCAUGGUCACUACUGCUAGUAGAGCGCCCACCAAAAGCAAACUCAAGGUGAAAGUGGGGUCAAAGGUUUCUACAAUCCCGACUGAGGAAGCUACUAGAAGGAGCCAAAGGAUUCCCAAGAAUCCACUCCAAUACUAUGAGGGUUAUGCGUCGGAAGACGAAGACGAAGAACUUCUUUCGUCCGUGCUGUUUCGUGAAAAUGUCGACUCGGUCAAGAAACUCCAACGAUCGACCAAAUCCGAAAUCUUGAACGACGAACUCCGGCAACAGAUUGACUCGGCAGUGGCAACAUCCCCCGACAUGUUUUUGGAUGCUCACGUGGAAAAUGCCUCCAUGAUGGAAAAGGUGGCCAUGUCGAGCAUUCCCCAACAACUGCCUCGUCCUGCCAUUGAUGCCUUUAAUUACGGUGCCGACCGUGUCUCGCACGAACAAGAGCUCGAGUUGGGCCGUAUGAUUCAACGAGGCGUGGCAUUGCACAAACUCAAGGCCGACUUUGAGUCCAAGGAGAAACGAGAGAUUAGUCGUUGGGAAUGGACCGAACUGGCCGAACUGGAUUCUCCCAAGGAAUUGCGAAAGCAAGUAUCGGCCUAUCGACAAGCCAAGCAAUUGUUGGUGUCUGCCAACAUGGGACUAGUUCAUGCGGUGGUUAAGAAGCAGUACCACACCAUUCGUCGCUUGAGCGGUCUAUCCAAAGAGGAACUGAUCCAAGAAGGAAGUUUGGGACUGCUCCGUGCGGCGGAACUCUUUGAUCCCAGCAGGGGAUUGAGGUUCAGUACCUAUGCCACUAUUUGGAUCAAAGGAACCUUGCAAAACUCGCACAUUUCCGAUGGCAGCAUCACGCUUCCCCAACGGGAAAAGACCAAGUGGAACAAGAUUGUCAAGGCCCAUGCGGAACUGAAAAAGUUAAAGGGAGAGCCAACCGUGGAAGAAAUUGCGCAUCACUUGGGCAUGAAAGUGGGCGAAGUCUUGUCCACCAAAAAGAAAAUGUCACAGGCGCAACAAGUCAUGAGUUUGGACUACGAAUAUGCCACACAAACACGCAGUGGUACCGAGACUGGAUCCCAAAACAAGAUGGAAAACGAUGCCGCCUUUCGUGCCGAUGCGGAUCUGGCCGAGCGAACUCAAAUGCAUGCCGAUGUUGUGGCCACCAUGGCUCGCAACUUGGAUGCACGAGAAGCGCGUUUGAUGCGUUUGAGGUAUGGAUUGGGUGAUGGAAAAACUCGGUCGCUCCGAGAGUGCGCCCAAGCCAUGGGUCUCAGCGAGACACGAACGCAGCAACUGGCCAAGCAAUGCCUCAAAAAGCUCCGAGAAGCAGCCGAAGCGGAAAGUUUGGAGGAGUACCUAUUGACCGUGGCAUAA